ACAGAAAUAGCCGACCAAUCCCGGAGCAGGCAGAGCUAACAUAACAAGGCAAAGAGGCUGGCCUUGAAAGAAAAUAAGCAGAGGAAAGGGUAAAAUUGCAGCAGAGGAGGAUGGGUGGAGGAGAGAGCGGCACUCAGUGACGUCUCCAGAACGGAGAGGAGAUGAACGAGAGAGGUGAGAACAUCCAUCGGAUGAGGCCGCCAUGCACUGAGAAGAAGCCGCAGCCGCAGCAAGAGCAGCAGCAGGCCUCGCCAUCAGCUGUCAACACAACAUCUGAAGCAUGAGGACGUCGAGGAAAGGGAGCGUAGAGAUGCCUGCGUUUGUGCGGCAGCUGGUCAAAGAGACAGAGAAGAGGGUCAGCUCUUUCUUCAAGGGGGGCCGGGGAGGAGCGGCUGAAGGGGAGCAGACCGGGGAGGGCGAGAAGGAGGAGGUCAUUCCCAGCCCCUACUUGGACCGGCCGGUGUUGGACAAGCUGGCGGAGGAAGGCUGCGCCCGUUGGGGGCUCACCUAUGCCCUGGGGAGCAUGCAAGGCUGGAGAACCAACAUGGAGGACUACCACAACUGCGUGCCUCAGCUAGGAGGAGAGCUGGCCGACUGGAGCUUCUUCGCCGUCUUCGAUGGACAUGCGGGUAGCACAGCGGCACAGCACUGCUCGCAGCACCUUCUGGGUCACAUCCUGGCUACAGGUGGCCUUGGGCACGAGGACGACCCUGACAGGGUAAAAGGGGCUCUAACCGAAGGCUUCUUGCAAACAGACAAGCAUCUCCACGCCGUGGCCCGUCGAGAAGGAUGGGAGAGAGGCGGCACCACCGCAGUGUCCGCCCUCAUCUCGCCCUACAACAUCUACUUUGCCAACUGCGGGGACUCGAGGGCCGUGUUGUGUCGCUCGGGUCAGGUUUGCUUCUCCACCGAGGACCACAAACCUUACAGUCCUCUGGAGAAGGAGCGCAUUGAAAGCGCCGGAGGAUCUGUGUCCCUCCAACGUAUCAAUGGCUCAUUGGCUGUCUCCCGAGCCCUGGGUGACUUUAGCUACAAGGCGGCGGAGAACAGGUCGCCCAACGAGCAGAUGGUCUCGCCCGAGCCGGAGGUGUGCGUGGUGGAACGUUCGCCAGCCGACGAGUUCCUGGUGCUUGCCUGCGAUGGAGUGUGGGACACGAUCAGCAAUGAGGAGCUUUGCGCCUUCAUCCACAACCGCCUGCUCGUGUGCACCGACCUGAGGGAUGUCUGCUCACAGGUCAUUGACCUUUGCCUCUAUAAGGGCAGUCUUGACAACAUCAGCAUCAUUCUGCUGUGCUUCCCUGGAGCUCCUCAGUUGUCCACGGAAGCGUUACACCAGGAGGCCGAACUGGAGGAUCUCCUGGAGUCAAAAGUAGCAGAGAUUUAUGAUGAGCUGUGUGCCAGAGGAGAGGAUCCUGAUUUGCUGGCGGUCCUCACAAUCCUCGCAUCUACCGUAAUCCCCGGAUUACCGCCAGGGGGAGGCAUACAGAGCAAAAGGAACUGCAUUAUCUCUGCUUACUACCAACAGAGAGAGAUGCAUAAUCCUACAGUACCAAAUGAAACGGAAGGGUCCUGAAGAGGCCGACCGGAUUGUGUCGAUGAACGAAUUAUAAUUAAUGUCUAUAUCAACUGUUUUAUUCAUGUUUCUAAAUGGACAAAAAGGGAGUUAGUGAACAGUGUCUGUUUACAUCAUUUUAGCGAGCAGCACUUUGUCGUCACAAAUACAAUGCAAAAGUAGAGUAUAGUAAAGCCUGAGACAUUCUAUAUUUGUACAAUUAUUACAUAUAUGACAUUUUGUAAGAUCUACUCGGCGACAAUCGCCCCAGCAACAAAGUUCUGCCUCAUAGACAAAUAAAAGCCUGUAAAAACUGAAUAUCAGCAAAUGUGUAUUAAGGGUGUGAGAAUGGGAGUAUUUUAUAGUCGGAGUGUCACUAAAUUCAAAAGCUUAGGAGAAAAUGCACAAUUUGAUUAAUGUACCUACUUUAGCCUAAAUUUAGCAUAAGGUCCAUUUGUUCCAACAGGAAAUGCUAAUAAUGCUAGUUUAUUAGCUUUUGAAAAAGCACAAAAAUUCCCUUGUUCAGCAUUGUUGUCAAGGAAAUAAACAAGUCUAAUAAUGUGAAGGGAGAAAAAAAUACAUUUCACAUUUAAUACUUUGAGGGAUUGUACUUUGGUUAGAUAGUUUAACUCAAGAAGAAAUUGCAUAACACAAAUAGGGGGAAAUAUUUAUUAUGAUUAUUAUUUCUGUAUCGUUUUUUUUUUUUACAGGAUUCUUAAUGAAACGUAUCUGAAAACAUCCUCGAUAUUUUGCAUGUGAAAUGCAUUUUCUCCCCCAAGCAUGUUGGACUACUUUGUACUGCCUUAUCCUCUUUUUAUUGAUCAGAAUGGUCAAUAAUCAGGUUGGGUCAUUCUAUUAUCAUUGUCAGUGUGCAACUUUGUCUAUCUAGAUAUUAUAUGUUACCAAUAAAAUGUUUUUCAAAAUGAAAUAAAGAUUAUUUGAACAAGUGUGA